CAUUAGCUGGGGAGUUUGGUGGAGAGUUCCUCUGGAGUCUUUCUCUCUCCUCUUUCUUCGAAAUUACCUCACUUUCGCAAUCUGAGAAAACCUAUACAACAUCCAGACCAUAAAAAGCUCAAUCAAUACACGGCUGCUCAUAAUCUUUUGAAGAAUUUCUUGUCAUUGUUGCUUAUUUCGAGAUUUAUUUUCUAAGAUCGAGAAAAAAUGGACUCAGAUUCAUGGACUCGUCUCUCUACAUCUAAUUCUUCUUCAAGACGCGGCAGUUACCAAUCUCGCUCAGAAACAUUUCAUCUUGUGGAUGAAUUUGAGGGUGAUGAGGAGCCAAGGCAAGAGUUUUUGUGCCCAUUUUGUGCAGAGGAUUUCGACAUUGUUGGUCUUUGUUGUCAUAUAGAUGAAGAGCAUACGCUUGAAGCAAAGAAUGGGAUAUGCCCAGUGUGUGCUAAAAGGGUUGGUAUGGAUUUAGUUAGUCAUAUGACAAUGCAACAUGGGAGCCUUCUAAAGAUAUCCUUUUUUUUUUAUCGAAUUCAUUUCAUAUCUCUUUACUUUUUAACCACAAUCGAUACUCGUGACUUAGAUUACGUUCAACGCAAGAGAAGGCUUCGUAGAGGUGGGACUCACACCCACACUAACACCAACUCAACCCUUUCGAUUUUAAAGAAAGAAUUUCGGGUAGGAAAUCUUCACUCUCUUUUUGGACUUCAGUCAUCAUCAUCAUCAUCUGAGCCUGAACAAUGGUUAUCUUCUUUCAUCUCCAACACACCAUCAUUACUUGAUGUUGAACCACCACCACCACCACCACCAACCGCUCAACCUCAUGCCGCCACGUCAGCAAAGUCAAUGGCGGAAAACCCCCACAAGGAUUUGUCGCGAAGGAGUAAACAGCAGCGGGCCCCACUUUCGGACAAGGAUCAAGAGGAGAAGGCUAGGCGAAGUGAGUUUGUUCAAGGUCUACUGUUUUCUACUUUCCUUGAUGAUGGUUUAUAAGUAAGUUAUCAGGGGUAUUUUAGGAAAAAACAGACGAAUUCUUAAAAGUUAAAGCCUUGUAAUGUAUUUUAGAAUUUAGAUAUAGGUUAUAUAAAUAUGCUUUAAAUCGUUAUGUGCAAACUUUUCUAUUUCAGUUGAACAUGACAUGACCAUGAUAU